CUCGUCCAAUGGUGUUAGCCGGUGGGCGUGGUGUCGCCAUGGUGACGGCGGCUAGCAAGUCCGAAGCUGAUCGCGGCUCGUAUUGGAGGCGGCAGGUGACAGCAGUAAACAAACAGCUAGCAAGAAGCUCUCUAAACAGUCCAAAGUGACGCUCCAAAUGGUGAUGGUGGGAGGUAAAGCGCUGACCCACUGUGCCCUGGUUCUGCUCAGUCUUUGGCUGUGCAUCCACUCAGUGCCCAUCAGUGUGGACAAAAGCAAAGAGAAGCCCCAACAGGAAGACCUGAAGGCCCCAGAAAGUGCUGACACCGGACUGCAUUAUGACCGUUACCUCAGGGAAGUCAUCGAGUACCUGGAAAAAGACCCUCACUUCAGGGAAAAGUUAAAGAACACCAACAUGGACGACAUCAGGCAAGGCAAACUGUCCAAAGAGCUGGACUUUGUCCACCACAGCCUGCGCACCAAGCUGGACGAGCUGAAGAGGGAAGAGAUGACCAGGCUGAGGAUGCUCAUCAAAGCCAAACACGACAUGGCGGCAGGAGACGGCUGGAAAGUGGACCACCAGGCUCUGCUGAAACAAUUUGAGCACCUCAACCACGACAACCCGCACUCGUUUGAGAGCGAGGACCUGGGCCGCCUCAUCCAAUCAGCCACACAGGACCUGGAGAACUAUGACAAGGAACGCCAUGACGAGUUCAAGCGCUACGAAAUGUUGAAGGAGCACGAGAGGAGGGAGAAGCUGAAGAGCAUGACGGAGGAGGAGCGGAAGAAGGAAGAGCAGCACCACGAGGACAUGAAGAAGAAACACGCCGACCACGACAAAAUCAACCAUCCUGGAAGUGAGGACCAGCUGAAGGAGGUCUGGCAGGAGGCUGACGGUUUGGAUCCGGACGACUUUGACCCAAAAACCUUCUUCAAAAUCCAUGACAGCAAUGGAGACGGUUUCUUUGACGAGAACGAGCUGGAGGCCCUCUUUGCUAAAGAGCUGGAUAAGGUCUACAACCCCAAGAAUGAAGAAGACGACAUGGUCGAGAUGGAGGAGGAGAGACUGCGGAUGAGAGAGCAUGUGAUGAACGAGGUGGAUACCAACAAGGACAGACUGGUGUCGCUAAGUGAGUUCCUGGCCGCCACAAAUAAAGAAGAGUUCCACCAAAAGGAGGAGUGGGAGACCUUGGAGCACAACUCCCUGUUCACAGAGGAGGAGCUGACGGCGUACGAGCAGCAGCUGGCCAACGAGGAGAAGAUGAUCAUAGACAAGGCGGCUGACCUUCAGAAGCAGAGGGAGGAGCUCCAAAAGAAGCAGGAAGAACUGAACGCUCAGAAGCACGAUCUUCAGCAGGCCGUGGAUGAUCUGCAGAGGAGGAAGGUCCAGGGCUUAAAGUCUGAGGACACAGCGGAGUCUGUCGUCGCUGGAGGCGGACCAGCGCUAACCAUCCAGCAACAAGACCCACCUGUGCCUGGACAGUCUUAACGGGCCCAGCUGGAAGGGAGUGUGCAUGUGUUUGUCUUGACUGAAAUGUUUCCUCCAUUUCCUGUAUUUCUCUUCUUUUAACACCACUGGUUUAAGACAGGCCGACAUGAACCAAUACUGCAAGGGUGUCCAAAGGUAUUAUUGGCAAUAUUCUAUACACAAAAUGAAACAUGGUGAGGAGGAUUAGGUCCGCAUUGGGGUGAAAAAGGGUGACAAAGCUAUCAAAAUCAUAAUUCAUUUAACAGCUUGUCAUACUGGACAUAAGUGUCUUCAGUAGAAAUUAAAUAUGUAUUAUAUAUACACACACACACACACACACACACACACACAGGUAUUAAUAUUUAUGUAUUAUAGCUUACAUAUGUAUCAUGUAUGUAAUAAAUAUAUUUAAUAUAUAUCGUGGUUGUAAUGUGAGAAAAUAUAUAAGUUUAGUUGUACUUGUGCAAUGACAAUAAAGACCUACCUACCUAUGGGAAACUAAGGGGGUCAAUACUUUGAGGGUUUAUAUAUGAUAUAUAUUACUUAUAUGAUAUAUAUAAAAUUGGGUGUGUGUAUAUACACAUAUAUUGUGUAAUAUAUAUAUUAUAUAAAUAUAUAUCACACACACCUCUGUAGAGAGACAUGUCUCUCUUGUAUUUUUACUUGAAUGAGGGAAAGUUUGGACACCCUUUCAGUCCGGGAACAAACCUGUUUUCUGUACACUGCCAUCAUGCAAACUCAGAAGAAUGUAAUUGAUUUCAAAUAUGUAUUUAUUCAUGCCAGCUAAUGGCGUUUAUUUACGCCUAAAGUCUGACAAUCAUGUAUCCAAUGGAAAAAUUGUCUUUAUUUUUAAAGCUGCCGCCAAACUGCACACCUUUUGAUUUAUUUCCCACAAAGUUUUUGUUUUAUUGUUCUUAUUCGGUUCAUUAUAGCUACCGUUGUCAUGACAACCACAGCAAUGAAGACUACUUUAAUACCAAUGUU